AUGCCACCUCCGGCCUGCGAAUGUACUGCAUUGGAUAUAGCUGUACGCGUCCCUGUUUUGAAACAUUACCUAGACGAGACAGGUAAAAAAGCGCAGAACGGUUUUAUCUUGCGUUCGGCUCCAAUUCGCAAUAUUAUUCUUAUCAAAGCAAUGAUUUAUUUAGUGGCACCGUUGAAGCCAUCACCAAAGAGGCAGAAGGUCAUAAUGGAAAGGAAUUCUGUACUUCACAAAGGGGAUGGUCUUCCCAUUGGUGAUAGCAACUUUGAAAACAUUGUGAGGGAAAAUCGGACCUUUCUUGACAAGACGUUCUUAAUUGCGGAAUUCUUGGAAAACAAUGCACGUGUCUCUCUGGUCUUGCGGCCAAGGAGGUUUGGAAAGACCACAAACCUAACUAUGCUGGAAAGAUUCUUUGCUAUACCUCUACAUCCGGACAAUGAAGAUCACCGUAAGGAUCUGUUCAAGGACACAAUGCUAAUGAAGCAGCACCCAGACUUGUUCCAUGAACACUUCUGCAGAUAUCCGGUUAUAUAUUUGUCUCUGAAGGGCUGCGAGGGCUUUGGAAGCUGG